ACCAGCGUGUGGGGGUGAAUAUACGUCCCGACUCCAAAAGCAGAGAGCGGGACAGGGACGACCUGCUGGGUUAUGGACCGUGGGGGGCAUGGCCAGAGCUGCUGUUUCAUCUUAAAUGGACCAAAAAUUCCCUAAAGAGCACACACUGCCAGCGAACCACGCAGGAGCCACCCAAAGAUCCCAGGUCCGUGCAGGCGUCCGGCGGGACAUGGCGAACUCGGGCGGCGAGGACCUCCGGAGUCAGGAAGGGGAGAAUUUUCUCUACUUCGCCUAUGGCAGCAACCUGCUGACGGAGCGGAUCCACCUCCGAAACCCCUCGGCCGUGUUCUGCAGCGUGGCCCGCCUGCAGGAUUUUAAGCUUGACUUUGGCAAUCCCCAAGGCAAAACUAGUGAAACUUGGCAUGGAGGUAUAGCCACCAUUUUUGAAAGUCCUGGCGAUGAAGUAUGGGGAGUAGUAUGGAAAAUGAACAAAAGCAAUUUAAGUUCUCUAGAUAAGCAAGAAGGGGUUAAAAGUGGAAUGUAUGUCCCAAUAGAAGUUAAUGUUUCUACUCAAGAAGGAAAAGAAAUAACCUGUCGAAGUUAUCAGAUGACAAAUUAUGAGCGUGUUCCCCCAUCACCCCAGUAUAAAAAGGUGAUUUGCCUGGGUGCAAAAGAGAAUGGUUUGCCACCGGACUAUCAAAAGAAGUUAAACGCAAUAGAACCAAAUGACUACAAAGGAAAGGUCUCAGAAGAAAUUGAAGACAUUAUCAAAAAGAGGGAAGCAAAAACUCAUUAGAACCUAAUAGAAUACGUCUACAGAUAUUUUCUCUAUAUGCUAAUACAUUUUUAACAUUUAGAACGGGAAUCUGGGAUAUCUCUCUGUUUAAUAUAUUUUCAACAGUGUUCUGAAGGGGUAUCUCACUUGGGUGAUUCCUUGUUUUCAGGCUAUAAAAAGUCCAGGAUAGGAGUUAGACAAUUGAAAAGGGGGCCUUGCGGCAUUGGAAUGCAUGACAAGUAGAUGUGAGUAUUCCUUCUGUGAACCCUUAAAGUUAUUUUAUUGAGUUGAUCUGAAGUGUAUUUUUGCUCUGUGAUAAAGGGUAGAUUUGCAACUUAAGGAUGGUGCUGGUAAAUCACUCUGCUCUGGGAUUUUUUCUUAGCUUACUAAGAGCAAGCAAACUGCAGAAGCAAUUGAUUAUAACAACUUCAAAAUUUAAAAGAUGGCAUACUGUUCUUAGAGGAAUAAAUGUAUUUGUGGUUUCACCUAUAGUCCCUACUAAAAUACUACAUUUCAUUUUGUUAGAGAGACUCACAUCAUCACACAUACUGGAUCUGGUCUUGGUCUAUAGCCAAUCUAUACUAAAGGAUAAUUGCACAGACUCUGGAACCAGACGGCCGAGGAUUGGCUGUCAGUUCCAGCACUUUCUAGCUGGGAAACUUUGGAUUGUAUGACUGUGCCUCAGCUUCCUUGCCUGCAGACUGAGGACAGCCCAAAUAUCUAUGUCUUAGGAUUGUUUUGAGGAGUGUCUAUAUAUAUAUAUAUAUAUAUAUAUAUAUAUAUAUAUAUAUAAGCUUAGAACAGAGCCUGGCAUAUAAUAAGUAUUAGCAAUCAUUAUUGUUCUUACUGAAGAAUUAAGUUUGUACAGAGCUAUCCUUGGAACAAGAUUUUAAAGUAGAAGGGUCACGAUUAUGAGGGAAAUGUGUUUCCUGGAAGCUGAAAUUUGAUUCUUGGCUUACCAAGAAAUGGUCACCUUCUUAAAUUUACUUACUGAAUAAGUGGAAGAAAGGCGGGUCAUGAAUAAAACAACACUGGUUAUCAAAAA